AUGAAGUACUUCAGCCUUGCCUCCGUCGCCCUCCUGGGUGCUGCUACGGUCUCCGCUGGCCCUCUCGCUUUCCGCGAGGAUAUCGGUCAAUGUCCCAAGGGAUAUACUAUGAGCGUCAUCUACAAGACCAUCUACCCCGAAUCGACUGCAUCCGCUACUCUUGAGUCAACGGUCGCCCCGUCGUCUACCGCCGCUCUCGUUGCGUCUGUGAGCCCUGUCGCUGCAGUUGAAGUCUCUACUUCGACUUCUUCGACAACUACUUCUUCGGCAACAACUUCUUCAACUCCUGUUGCUGAGACCACCACUGCUGAGCCUACUGUCGUCAAGACUACUGCCGCCGAAACCACCACUGCCCAAGCCUCUCCUGUCGAGUCCGCUGCAAUUAUUAAUCUCAUCUCUCCCUCUACGGUCGAGACUACCGCUGCUGCUGAGACCACCGCUGCUCCCAUUGUUGCUGAGGUUCCUACCUCCACGGUUGAGGCCACGACCGCUCCUGAGACUACUGCUGCCGCCGAGACCACCGCCGCUGCAGUCAUUGCCCAAAUCCCCACCACCUCGGCCGAAACUGUUGCCGCCGAGACUACUGAGGCAGCCGCCACCACUACUGCUCAAGCUGCUGUCAAGGCCGCCAGUACCUCCACUUCGACUACUUCCUCGUCCAGCUCCCAGGAAAACGACGGCUCAGCCACCUUCUACGGCGGCAAUGUGUCCGGCGGAACAUGCUCGUUCUCUAGCUACUCCUUGCCAAGCACCCUCUUCGGCACAGCUCUUUCCGCCGACCGAUGGGACGACGCCGCCAACUGCGGUGCUUGUGUCUCAGUCACCGGACCCAACGGUAAAACCAUCAAGGCCAUGGUCGUCGACCAAUGCCCCGAAUGUGAAAGCAACCACCUGGACCUCUUCCAGUCCGCCUUCGCCGAACUCUCUGAUAUUUCCGCCGGCGUGAUCGACAUCGACUGGUCCUACGUUUCCUGCGACCUUGACGGUCCCGUCAAGCUCAAGAACAAGGAGGGCACAUCCGCCUACUGGUUCUCCAUGCAGGUCAUCAAUGCCAACGAGGCCGUUACCAAGCUCGAGGUCAGCACUGAUGGCGGUAGCUCAUGGCAGAGCACCACCCGUACAUACUACAACUACUUCGAGAACUCUUCCGGAUUUGGUACCGACACUGUUGAUGUGCGUGUCACCGGAUCUAGUGGCAAGACUGUUGUUGUGAAGGAUGUUGGCUGUGCCUCUGGUUCUGAGGUUACUGCUUCGUCGAACCUUGCCUAA